CGUGCGCACAGCGUGUCUCCGCCUCACUUGAAACGCAAGAACGUAACUGUCAAAUUUAUUUGAGAAAUUGACUUAAUUUGCGCGAGACCUCCGGCAAAAGUGUUGAUUCGAAUCGAAGAGGACAAACAGCGAGUGAUUAAUCUACAAAGUGGAAUAACAAUUUUCGUCAACAAAAUUUAAUCGAAAUUUCGGGCAACCUUUGGUGUGCGCUGAUGACAUUGAAUAAUGGAAUCGCGGGGAGGAAAUAUUUUUGAUAAAUUGAUUCGGUGUAAGUCGCUGCUCCGAAUAGAUCACGAAUAACAAGUGCAGAACAGGGAGAUUGAGCGCGAAACUUGGACUGCUUUCAACACUGGGUCAUGAGGUGGAGGUCAAUAUGGAGGGGUAUGGAAAGAUCAUCGUUAUGUUGGUUAUCAUGGGGAACCUGCGGGCGACGAGUUCGAAUCAGUGUCUCAAAGAUUAUCCAGAGGUGAAUCCAAAACGUGUAGCCCACCUCGACGGCGAAUCCCUGCUGAUCCCCUUGGAGUUGACUCACCGAACAACUCAGAGACUAGCCACAAGAGUGAUGAGAAUAUUCCUGAUUGAAGUCCUGGGGUACGCAGGUGUGACCCUAAAAGAGCUGGACGACGAGUUCGACGCAAUAACAGUCUUCAUCAGGAUGGCAGAGAGCUUCGAUUCCAAUGGUGACAGACGCAUCCCGGAGACAAUGGUGAACAUGGAGGUGUGGAUUCCGCCGCAGAAUGACGCCACAUCUCUUCUGAAUCGCUUCGAUGUCACGGAAUGCGGAGCUAUCACCUCCCCUGGGAGAUUUGGUUGGUUUGUACCCGAGGAAUUGAGUGACUUCGGUGACAACUGGAAGAUAUUCACCGAGAAGAAAACAGCGGAACGCUUCUCCAUUGACGACAGCACCCUCCAACGCAUCCAAAAGUCGGCAAUUGAUCCGUCAACUGGCGAAUACUACUGCGAGGAGUCCUUCUGUAAACAGGGCAUGUACAUCCCUCAUUAUUGUGAGUCGCAGAAGAGCCAGGCAUGCGCCUUGCUCCUCACAUCCGAGACGAACAUCACGCAAGUCGUUAAGCAACAUAUCGACCAGCUGAAACUGUACGUCAAAGUCAUCUGGGUCGGUCCAAACCUCCGAAACCUGACGACAUCUCUAACGGAAGAAUACAAGGCCUCCAAUAAGAACCCCAACAACCGCAAGAAAUCCCUGGUCGUGCUCCACUGGACCCCCAGCGAAGUCAUCCCCAACGAGCGUCAGUUCGUAGCCAUAGAAUUUCCAAGAUGCGGUAGCAAGGAUCUUAGUGUUGGCUGCACUUACGAGACGAAUAGAUUGGUCAAGCUUGCUUGGUCGAGGCUAGAGCUGAUCGCCAAACAAGCCUGGCAGGCGAUCAGUCGGGCUAGAUUUCAGCCGCACAUGUACGAAGACUUAAUAGAUCGAUACAACAUGAUGUCGAACCGAACAGAGGACGAUGUGGCUUGCAGCUGGCUGCGGGAUAAUUUGAAUUAUACACUGAGAGAAUGGAUGCCAGAUCGUACAGACAAGAAUAGACUCUACAUCAGGGGGAUUUUUCCGAUGUCUGGAAUUGGUUAUAAAGCCAAGUCCAUUCUGCUAGCUGCGAACAUGGCCAAAGAAGCCAUCAACGCCGAUAAUACAAUUCUCCGGGAUUACGAUAUCAUGUUGCUCGCUAGCGACGGUGAGUGUAAACCAGAAACGGUGAUGAAAUCAUUCAUCGAUUUCAUUCUGUACAAUCCCUACGAGAAGCUCGUCGGUAUUCUUGGUCCCGCUUGUACGGAAACCGUCGAGCCACUUGUGGGUGUGUCCAAAUAUUACAGAACAAUCAUAGUGACCUACGGUGCUGAGGGCUGGAGCGGCAACAAUCGCUCCGUGUAUCCGUACUUCUUCAGAACAGUUGGUGGUAACAUGGACUAUCGUUAUGUUUACUUGCAAUUGUUGAAGGCUUUCGGAUGGAAACGUGUUGCGGCACUUUCUGAGGAUGGGCAAAAGUACACUGAGUACCUAGCUUACAUGCAGGACUUGCUGAGAGAUAAUGAAAUUGAUUUUAUCGCUAAUAUUAAGUAUCCGAGGGAGUGGGAGCGAUAUCAGAUAACGCAGUAUCUGGAGGAUUUCAAGAGCAAACGUGCACGGAUUAUCAUUGCCGAUGUUUACGAUAGAUUGACCAGGCAGGUCAUGUGUCAGGCUUACAAAUUGGAGAUGUUACCGGCGAAGGGCUACGUAUGGUUUCUGCCUCUUUGGCUUGAAGCCAAUUGGUAUGACACAGACUAUUACAACAUUUACAACCACGAAGAUGUCCCUUGUACGACAGCAGAGAUGUUGGUAGCUAUCGACGGCCACUUUACAAUCUUCCAUGCACGCUUUGCGCCCGACGAGGACAUCAUGCAAACAGGAUUAACAGUGAGGGAUUGGCGAGAUAGGUAUGAACAAAGAUGCCGGAAGAACAACGAGGCGCCAUCCCUUUACGCCAGCUAUGCUUACGACUCAGUGUGGAUGUAUGCAUACGCAUUGGAUCGGCUUAUCAAAGAGAAUCAGAGCUACGUGUUUGAUCUUCACUCGGAGAAGACAGUCAAUCGAUUGACUGAUAUUAUUGCUGAGUCUGAUUUUAACGGGGUAUCCGGAAACGUGAAAUUCUACGGCAGUACGUCCCGCCUCACCACAGUAAAAUUCUUCCAACGAAUAGACAACAAAACCCGAACGAUCGGCACGUUCUACCCCGAAGUAUCCCUCGAGAAGAACGAAGUAAUCGGUGGCAACUUGACCCUCAACAUGUCCGCAAUCGUCUGGCUAUCAAACUCCAUCCCCGAUGACGGAUCAGAGCCGCCGGCCCGCUGUGUGCUAGGAAGCAUAGCCGAGCACCUGGACGUCUCCUGCGAGGUCGCCAUAGUAAUCGCCAAUAUCAUAGGUCUGAGCUUCCUAAUGGCCUUCCUCAUAACAGGUUUCAUAAUAGUGAAGCGUAAAUACGACGCGAAGGUGCGCCAGCACGAGAAGGUGAUGGAGUCAUUUGGUCUCGAUCCACGGAACACAACUUGCGGUUUGGACAAGUGGGAAAUCCCACGUGAUCGGGUGGUGAUUAAUCGUAAGCUCGGGGAAGGUGCUUUUGGCACAGUGUACGGUGGCGAGACAUUCUUCCCCGAGAAGGGAUGGCUGGCGGUUGCCGUUAAGACAUUGAAAUCAGGCAGCUCAACCGAGGAGAAGCUGGACUUCCUCAGCGAAGUCGAAGUGAUGAAGCGAUUUGAGCACAAGAAUAUCAUAAAACUGUUGGGUGUCUGCAUCAAGUCAGCGCCGGUACUGACGGUCAUGGAGUUCAUGCUCUAUGGCGAUUUGAAGACUUAUCUACUCGCCAGGAGGCAUUUGGUCAACGACCAGAACUACGAAGAUUCCGACGAGAUAUCGAACAAAAGGCUGACGGCGAUGGCGCUGGACGUGGCGAGAGCUUUGAGCUACUUGGCCCAGCUGAAGUACGUUCACAGGGAUGUAGCCUCUCGCAAUUGCCUCGUGAAUGCUCAGCGCGUCGUCAAACUCGGGGACUUUGGCAUGACUCGACCCAUGUACGAGAACGAUUACUAUAAGUUCAACAGGAAGGGAAUGCUGCCCGUUCGCUGGAUGGCACCCGAGUCCCUUGGGCUCGGCAUCUUCACACCGGCCUCCGAUGUCUGGUCCUAUGGGGUUCUCCUUUACGAGAUCAUCACCUUCGGGAGUUUUCCUUUCCAGGGGAUGAGUAACAACGAAGUGCUGGUGCAUGUCAAAGCGGGGAACUCUUUGUGCGUUCCGAAGGGUGUGAAGCUUACCCUAGAAGGAUUGAUUAAGUCCUGUUGGGCUGUUGAUCAUUCGAAGCGACCGACAGCUCCUGAAAUCGUGGACUUCUUAGCCACGAACCCGAGAGCUUUGUGCCCUUGCCUAGACGUACCUCUUGCCAGUGUACAGUUAGAGAACUCCAGGCAACUUGACUAUCCCCUGCACGACAACAUCACUAAGUUCUCGUUGCAGCUGUCCUGGCCGCUAUCCAAGAGACAGGAGGCCGCGUCAAACUCCUCGAGUCGCAUAUCCUCCGAUCCGACUAAUACUCCACUUCUGGAUAUUCAUCACGACUCUAAUGACAGUGUGGAUCCUAUGGUUGCGGUGCACGACGGCUCAAUGCCGCUGUUUUCUGGCGAGCCUUCGAGACUAUUUCCACCGAUUAAUAUUAAACCUGAAGACAUUCCACGGUAUGUGAAUCUGCAACCUUGUGAAAUGAAAAUUAGGCAGAAUGGGGGAUUGCAGAUGCAGGAGAGAUAUGUUGAGGGGGAUGUCAGGGAGACUGAGAGUGACUCCGUAUUCUGAAGGAUUCAAGUACAAAAUUUUUGAUAUUCUGAAAUAAUGUGGGACUCAACUGAGGUGACACGAUUUAUGGGCCUUUAUUCUCAAGCACUCGAUGGUGAAAGCGUAAUGAGUAUGAAGUGGUAGGUGAAAUGAUGGAGAGGGUUGGGAGACUCGUUGAGGACUGGAACUCCUCUUGAGGUAGUUAUUGUUUGAGGAUGAGUAAGUGGGAUAGUAGCUGCGAUGAUAAGAAGAACAUUUAGGGAUUGAUUGGAGGGUACAGAAUUCGCUCUAGCCUUCAGUUCUUUAUUGUUCUGCAUCUUAUCCAUUUCGCUAAUGACCGAGUGAGUAAUUUGCUUAGAAAUUUCAGGGGAAUGUAGAAUGGAAAAUGAGGGAUUCAAUGGGAAACAAUCUAUUUGAUUGUGAUAAUAGACUUUUCAAGUGUGUGCGUUAGAAUUUUUCAGUGGUGUAGCCAGUAACACAUUGCGAUGUUUAUAGCGAUAUUAAGCGACAAUGUUGCAAUGUUGCCUGCAGCCAUCGAGGCGAUAAUUUUAUCAACAUGAAGAACGAUUUAAAGUACCAUAUCAAGGCUCAAUGUCAAAUGCAUUUGAGCGUACACCAUUUAAAAAACAUUAUCGAAAUUUGGAACCAGAUAAAUCCUGAUUUUUCAGGUCAUGUACAUCUGUAAUUUGAAAACAAGGCGCUGAUGUCAAUAGGUAUAGGCAUAGGAUAUACGAGAGACUUCACUAUUGAUUUUCUACUGAGGAAAUAAGUAUUUUUCUUGGAAUGACCAAGUAAUGCGCAGCUAUGUGGUCAUUAAGGAAAAUGUAGAUACCGUAAUGAAUAUUGUAUUGUACACUCAUCAUCUUAAGGCAAUGAGUAUAUUUUCACUUUCCAACUAAUGGUGUAUCGUUAAUAAAAUUUGGCUGAAUUUUUCGGAAAAAGAUCUUGAAGGCAAUUGAGGGGAAGAAGUCAAUGGAA